AUGUUAACAUCAACAAGACAGUUGAUGUUUCUUUUCUUGGUGAUAUUCAGUGAACAAACAGUGAAAAGUCAACUUCGUUGUACAUUUGAUCGUCCAAUCUUAGGAGAAUAUUAUUCAUAUGAAAAUGGUCUUGAAACUCACACAUCAUUUAAAGAUAAUGGAGAUAUUGAUAUACUUUACUAUCGUCGUCAAUCAGGUCUUGGUGCAACAGCGAGUAUUAUCACAAUUCUUGAUAAUCAUGCAUUGGGUGAAUGUAUCAAUCUUGAAUGGAGAGAAAAUCCUUUUGAUCAUUCGUCAAAACAUCAUUUUCAAUUGAUUUAUCGUGACAAAGAGAAGUCUUGUUAUCAAUGUUUUCAAAUUUAUAAUCGAACAAGAAAUAUUCUUCAAACCAGAAAAAGUGAAUGCAAUGAAAUUACAUCAAUAGUAACAAAUCAGAUGAAUUAUCAAGAACUUUGUGCAAGUAUUAAUCAGGAAGCGGAAUUUGAUACUUUGUUUUCAAAAACCUAUUCAGCAGAAGAAUGUCGUGCAACGAUUUACGGCACAUAUCAUUUCACUUAUGAAUUCCGUGAAGGUGGAAUCGGUAUUUGUGAUAAUCCAAUAUCACGUUUAGUUUCAUGUCCUGAUCCUGGUACACCGUUCGAAGCAGUUAAUGAACGUUUCUGGAUGACAUAUGGCUAUUGUCGUGAUCUUGUGUCUUCUAUUGAUGCUCAACCAUUAUAUCAAUGUUUGGGUUAUUGGAUUAACGAGAAAGGAGAUGUUUUUACUGGUAUCGCCAAUGAACGUGUUGGUUCAGAACGUUGGUAUGAUAAAUUUCGUUGUAUGUUAACAAGACAAGAUCAACCACAAUGGUUUGCCAAAUCUCUUUUUGCUGAAUGUUCUCGUCUUUAUUCACCAACAGAUGGUCCAGAGAAAGUCAUUAUUUCACCGAUCAUUCCAGAAGUUCCAACACCAACGUGUUUUUUUCCAGAUAAUUUUACUGGUGAAUGGGUUAACACAGCAAAUGUUAAUGCAAGAACAAUUAUUAACGCAACACAUAUUCAUGAAAUAUCUCAAGUUAAUAAUCGUGGUUGGUUACGAGAAACAUAUUAUGUUUGUCAACAAAUAAGUCGACAACAAUAUUUAGUGAAAACUGUGACGAAAGGCGAAUGUUUCUCAUAUUAUAUCUGUUUCGAUUUCAAAGAUCGUCAUCAUAAUAUUCUUCGAUAUCGAAAAUCAAAAUCUUUCAUGUCCAAUGUCUAUGAUGAUCUAUCAAAACGUGAUCCACUUUAUGAAGUUUGUUCGUGGACAAGUUUUGGUAAUGAUGCCAAUUGGAAGUAUCAAGUAUUUGUUUUGGAUCCUCCCGCACCAGUCGAAUGUCCUUUCACUGGUAUGUGGACAUUUAAACAAGUUGGUCAACCUAACUCUCUCAUUCAAACACGUAUUCGUGGUGGUAUUACUCCACGUCCACGUGAUCACGGUUGGUAUAUCACUUGUGAUCCCAAAUAUAUGGUUUCACAAUGGACAAUCUGUGGUGAUCAGACCAAAGCAAUGUUAGCUGAUCGUGAAUAUUGUCGACAAUUAGAUCCAUAUGGAACACCAAUUGGUGUUUAUGAACAACCUGAUUAUAUUUAUCAAUGUGCAGGUUAUUGGAGAGAAGAUUCACGAUCAUAUUUAAUAACAUACGAUCGUGAUGAUCCGUAUAUUAAUUUCAAGUGUUGGGUUUAUGAACGUUUUGAUUUAUUUAAAAUCUACCUCUCAAGAUCAGCAGGCUCAUUCUGUGGUUUUAAUCAAACAUCGGAAAGUUAUCGAGCAGAAGAUGGUGCUGAUCUUCGAAUUGAACUUGACGAAGCUGAGCGUAUUCAUGACGAUUGUCCAAUUCGUUAUGAUGACGGUCGAAAUCCAUGGCAAGUUAUUGAUGAAUUUUUGUUUUAUUAUGCAUCAUCAUCAACAAUGGUUCCGUCCUUACUCUUCUGUGUGUUUCUCACUUUGCUUACUCUCAAUAUGUUUUAA